GGCCGGGUGACAUCAUGCUCCACCAAUGUCCCGCCCACGCUGCUAUUCAGCCAGGGAGCCCGGAGACUCUGGCAUAGUAUAUGGAUCCCGGUCUCCUAGCAACUCUCGAACCCGUAUCCGCAGCAGCACCACCACCACCACCGCAGUGUUCUGGAAUCCCACUCAGUGGUAACGUUCCAUCUGCGAUACUUUGUAUCACGUCCGAGGCACCGCGCUGAACGCGUGCGGGCGGGUAGAGGGGGAGCUGGGUGACCCCAGCAGCAGUAGCGCAGUCCAUCAGAGGAGGAGCUGCAGUGGGGGCACACGGGCUGCCUGCAGCAGAAGCAGCAAUCUUCACCUUGGCAUGGGAUGUGGCAACAUGCUAAUGAUGAUGUCUCCUGGCUGCGGACAUGCGCGGAAACUCUGAGAGCGGAGUUAUAAACUGCCCACCUGUGUGAGCCUGCCACAGUAUCUGAUAGCAGGGCACCCAGCAGCCGGGCAUCCCAUACCCCAGUGCAGAGCUGCUGCAUACCAGGCUCUUUGUGCGGGGUAAUGGCAGAGGUUACACUAGUCUGCUAGUAGCCCCCAUGCACUGCUUGGCUGGAGGCAAAUGCUGGCCAUAGAGGAAGAGACUGGGGAUCCCGAUCAUCUGGAUGAGGCGCUAUGCACGGCAGCUUAUCCCCAGGAAUCUGUCACCUGGGUCCCCGAGACUGCCUUCCACAUUCUGCCUUCUGCCCCCAGACCCUGUCUGAUCUGCACUAUGCUGAGGCCGGUGCCAGCCCCCAAUUCUGCCCCCAGCACCCGCUGCCUGGGCAGCAGGGCACCCAGUAGCCUGCUGGCAUUCUGGCUCCUCUCUCUUCUCUUGGGACUCUGCCAGUCAGCCGAAAACAAGUGUUCCUCUGCAAACACAUCUUCAUGCACAAAAUGCCUUGCGCUUGGCCCUGAGUGUGGAUGGUGUACUCAAGAGGAUUUUAUGGCGGAUUCAGCAGAGAGCGAAAGAUGUGACACUGUUUUGAAUUUAAAAUCCAAGGGGUGCAGAGCAGAUUCGAUAGAAAGUCCGUCAGUACAUUUACAGGUUGUGAGUAGCAAGGAGGCAAGCAGCCAGGUGACACCAGCAGAAGUGUCUAUUCACCUUAGACCAGGUACUAAAGUAAGCUUCAUGCUAAAAGUACACCGCCUGGAGAAAUAUCCUGUGGAUAUCUAUUAUUUGGUUGACGUCUCUGCUUCAAUGGGGAAAAGUAUAAAAAAACUUAAUUCCAUUGGAUUUGACUUAUUCCAGAAAAUGGCAGACUUUUCUAAUGACAUUCGAUUUGGAUUUGGAUCAUUUGUGGAUAAGCCUGUAUCUCCGUAUAUCAGCGUUCAUCCUGAGAAGAUCAAGAAUCAGUGCAGUGAUUACUAUGAGGUCUGCAUGCCAGCUCAUGGAUUCAUUCAUGUUCUGUCCUUAACAAACAAUAUUACACAAUUCAAGCAAAUUGUUGGCAAGCAGAAAAUAGCUGGGAAUAUAGAUAACCCAGAAUGUGCCUUUGAUGCUAUGCUGCAGGCAGCGGUUUGUCAUAAAGAUAUUGGCUGGAGAAAAGGAGCAAAACGUUUUAUUAUUUUAAUGACAGAUCAAACUUCUCAUUUAGCACUUGACAGUAAAUUAGCAGGAAUAGUCACUCCGAAUGAUGGCAAUUGCCAUCUCAAAGACAAUGUUUACACCAGAGCUACAGAUAUGGAGAACCCAUCACUAGGCUUGCUUGGAGAAAAGUUAGUAGAGAACCAUGUGUAUGGGAUCUUCGCUGUAAAGCAAAGUUCAUUUAAUUGGUACAAGGAUCUCUUACCACUGCUGCCAGGGACAGCUGCCAAGGAACUGGACGCCGAGGCAUCUAAUAUUAAUAAGGUGGUGGUAGAGGCCUAUCAGGCACUUCUCUCAGAAAUGAAGAUUCAAGUGGAUAAUCCCACCAAGGGUAUUUAUGUAAAUAUUACGUCUCUAUGUCCGGAUGGAAGCAGACAUUCUGGAAUCGAAGGAUGCCAUAAUGUAAAGAGUAAUGACAAGGUUCUGUUUAAUGUAACAAUUACAAUGGACAGUUGUGAUUUAGAAGGAGGACAGAACUACAUAAUUCUUAAACCGAUUGGUUUCAAUGAAACCGCUAAAAUAAAGAUACACAGAAGUUGCACAUGUCAGUGUAACAGUCCUUUAAGGCCUAGGGAGAAAUGUGUAACGGAGGUCAGUCCGGACUGUCCGGGAGUUCCGUGCAGAGACACUAACUGUGGCCAGAGUGAUAAGGCUCCCCUACCGGACAGCUGCAAGAGAUCUCCGUCAGAGCCCGAGUGUGGUGGGCGCGGAACAUGUCUGUGUGGGAAAUGCUACUGUUAUAAAUCCAAACUGGGAAAAUUAUAUGGGAAAUACUGUGAAAUGGACAACUUUUCUUGUUCAUACAACCGUGGAAAACUAUGUUCUGGUAAUGGUGAAUGUGAAAACGGAAACUGUAAAUGCCACAGUGGCUGGGAAGGUGACCGGUGUCAAUGCUCCUCAUCAAAAAUACACUGUAUGGAUCCCAAUGGACUAGUUUGCAGUGGGAGAGGAACCUGCACAUGUGGAAAAUGCGAGUGCACUGACGACAAAAGUUUUGGUCCUUUGUGCCAAUACUGCUCUGGAUGUAGCAAUACCUGCACAGACAACUGGAAUUGUGAGCACUCUCAUCGCUCAUUAAAUGGAUCCGUCAUUCCAAUGAAUCCAUUUGAAACCAAAUGCAACACACUGGUGUACUACAUUGACCAGACCUCAGAAUGCUUCUCAGACCCUUGGAUCCUGAAGAUAUUUUUUAUUAUAUUUACCGUAACAUUCUUACUUGGUUUUCUCUCUGUACUUAUAAUUAGAUUCAUUUUUCUACAAAGUAGAAAUAACAGAAAAACCUCUUCAUCUGAAUAUAGGGUGUCUACAUCAACGAAGGAUAAAAAUGGUUUGCACAAUGUUUACUCAAGGACAGUAACUUAUACCCGGGAAAAACCAGAAGACAUUAAUAUUGGCAAACUGGCAGUAAAUGAAGCUUUCAAGUACAAGUUCUAAGAAAUAGAAAAUGUUGAUGUUAGGUGGCCCUCAUCGCACUGCACUCUUUGGAUUCCAUGACUGAUAAGCAUUUUCCAGCAAAAGUCUUUCAAAACUAAUAAAGUCCCAUAAAUGGAUGAAGCCACCAGGCAAGCGUUUAAGGAGGACACAAUAAUGGACAUUUAUUUUCUUUGCGAAAUACAGAUAAAAACAAAAGACUGUGACAUUCUGGAAAUAUUGACACACAACAGUCAAGUUACACUACUCCGUGUUAUUUUCUCAUGUGAUUUGGUUGGUAGAUUUUGUAACCGACCUAUGGUAAUUCAACUACGUAGUGAUUGUUUUCACAAUUUUAGCUGCUCUAACAGAUCCAAGUGCAUUACUACUGUAUGGUACAUGGUUGUAUGAAUGUAGCACUUUAUUUUAUUUUGUGUUUUUUUUGUUUGUUUUUUAAAGCAAAGCACUGAUUACACUUUAGCGAGAAUUUAUGUGCACUCGAUGGAGAGGUUUGGUACCUUUUCAAUUUAAUUAACUUUCCUGUAAAAAGAGAGGAAAAUAUAACUUUAGGGUGCUAAAAUUUAGACAUUGAUAAGUGAAAUUGCAACUUCAGUAAAAAAAAAAAAAAUCCAGUUAAGUUUAUAGAUAAAUAAGCAUUUCAUGGCAACAAUUCAAUAGUCAUUAAAUUUAUAAUGAAAAUGUAAAAAAAGAAAGAAAAAAAAAUUGUACAGUACUGUCAUGUCUGUUGAGUACAGAUUAGACCUAGCUGAAGUAGUUGGAUGAAAAGAUAGAGAUACACUUACGCAAAUUAUUAUUCUGAGCAAUGUUAAUCUAACAGCUAGGUAUUGAUCCAUUUUUUUUUUUUGUCUAACCUAAUGAAAGGUUAUAAUUUGCGAAUUUGACCAUAAUAUGUGUGGCCAUUGACCAUAAUAUGUGUGGCCAUGUUCGAUACAGAUUCAGUAAUGUGGUCUACAACCUGAUUUGCUCCUGUUGCCUUAUAUUUAAGAGGUGUCUGCAGUAUAUAUUAAUUUGAUGUUAAAUAACACUUUAUUUAUUGGGUUAUCUUUGGUCUUCAAGGCAUAACUACUUUUGAUCACUUAACGUUAUAAUAUAUACAGUUGUAUACUGUGUAUGUUUGAGCAUUAGUGUAGGGCAGUGGUUUCCAAACUUGGUCUUUAAGAACCUCUAAUGGUUCACAUUUUCCAGAUCACCUGUGGAUUUUUAAAAUGUAAGAGUUGGUGAUACACUGUGCACCUGCCAGGUGACCUGGAAAAUGUGAACUAUUGGCGGUCCAUGCAUACCAAGUUUGGGAACCACUGGUGUAGACCAACCAAAAAUUUCAGAGUCCUUUUUUUAAAGCAGUAAUCAUCGGGGAUGGUUAAAGGAUUGAUAAUUUUUAAGCGCCAAUUCAAAUAUUGUUAUUUUUGAUAAGUUUUCACAUCUGUGUCCAUAACCCUUGACAUUACGCAUUUUGUUUAUUCAGAAGCGUUUAUUUAAACUCCCUUGUGUGGUCAGUUGGACUUUGACAUGUUUGUGCUAACGGGCAUAAUUAUCACAGUCUGCAUUUUUAAUGUGGAUGUUGUAAAUAUUUAAAACCUAAAUUCACUACAUUUUCAUGUGAAUUUAGCAAUCAUUUCUUGGUCCUGGCAAAGAGCUCUGCUUCCUGGUUCUGUCUGCUUUCUGAGCAUGUGUGCCCAUUUAAUGCAGCGGGGUAUAACAGAGCAUUACCAGGAGUAUCCCUCUCCGAAAUAAUCCCUGAUACAGUAGUCCAUAGCCUACUAUAAGCUAAAGCCAUCUUCAGAUGGUGUUAGCUAUCAUGGCCAAGCUCUUCAUACUCUGGAUGUUGGUAAAUGUGACGGCACAGUAGACUACAUAGAAAGCUAUGGAGGUUGCUCUGCUGUCGGAAAUGGAGCAGCUGUGACAGAUAUAGGAGAUAUAUGUUGCGGUCCAUCUAUGUUAAUUCCUUAGGAUUCUUAACACUUGUUGGCCCCUAAAAAUGCAUAUAUUAAUUGAUAAAUUGGCCCCAAAAUGCAUUGGUUCCUUAGGGGGAGAUGUAUCAAACCUUCUAAAGCAGACAAGUUGCCAUAGCAUCCAGUCCUUUUCUUGUUUUUAUUUUCUAGCAUGCACUAGAUAAAUAAUAGCUAGAAUCUGAUUGGUUGCUAUAGGAAACACCCAGCAGGUUUGAUAAAAUGUCCCUCUUAAUAAAUGUUCUCAUAUGAUAUAUACUAUGCAGGGGAUCAGGUAAUUUACAAUCUCUGUAACUGCAUGAUUACCAUGCAUAUGAUGAGAUCCAAAACACUGACUUUGGAUAUCAUAUAGAUAGCUUCAAAGUCAAAAAUGAACCACAAAUAGAUUUUGGGAAUACAGAAUCUUAUAUACAAUUUAUUGUUUAGGUGUUUUAGGUGAUAAAAAUGAGAAAACUUUGCAGUUUAAUUACCAAAUUCUAACUCAACAAAUUGAAAUGUGAUGUGACAGAGUCAUUAUGGGAACUCAGGGAAUGACUAGAGAACCACAAAGACAUAAUCUGUAUAUGUUUUGCAUAGUUCUAAUGCUGAGUUAAACAGAUAUACGGAAACAUUGAACAUUUGAAUCCUAGUUAGAAUUUAGUAUUUCUGCGAAUUUAGCAGCAGAAAUAAACAGAGCCUUGGCCAAAUGACUUUUAUGUGGCAAUUGUAUUGCAGAAAUAUGUGUGCCAAGUAUUAAACCAAAACCAGAUUUGCUGACUUGUUCAAAUAGGGAUAUUUAAUUUUUUUUAUUUUUGUGUGUGUGUCUAAACCAUUGUGGAUUGUACUCAGGGAAAAUAGUAAUGAUUUAUUUCUCUUAUUUGAUACAUUUUAUUUUCAUUGAUUUAUAUAACUAAAAAAUGUCUUUCUCUUUAAAGUACCCAUUAUGGAUUAGUUAGGCUUUUCAAACUGCAAACAUGUAGAGAUUGAUUAAUGUAUAGCAAUUCAGUGUAUGAUACUGAUGUUGAAGAGGUAUUCCAGAAAAUACCACAGUUACAUGUUCUCAAAAUGGCCUUUCAACAAAUAUAUUUCUGUACCUAAACAAGUAGAUAUAGGUGCCCCAAAUAAUAACUGCUCAGUGGUAUAAUUGUCACUUUCGCGAGUCUACAAGGUAGAUUCAGGGUGCCUAUCCAACGGGAUGGGGUCAGGCAGAUGAAAUACCAAUGUCAGAAUCCCGACACUGAUCGGGAACUGUAAUCGUGACUGCCGGGAUCCCGAAAAAGUGCGGACCGGGCUCCCAGGUACAGGGAAGGGGGGGAUGUUGUUAGGUUUAGGCUGUGGGGGGAGGGUUAGGAUUAGGCUGUGGGGAAAGGAGAGUAGGGUUAGGCUGCCUGAAGUGGGGUUUACGCUUAGACACUCCCAGGGAGGGUUAGGUUUAGGCUGCGUAAAGGGGGGAGUUAGGUAUAGGCACCAACAUGGAGGGUUAGGUUUAGGCUGCGGCGGCGGGGGGAGGGUUAGGUUUAGGCUGCGGGGAAGGAGGAUUAGAGUUGGGGGGGCAUUUGGGUAUGGUAAGUAUACUUACCUUCCCUAUGUCGGGAUUCUAAUCAUCGGGAUGCCGCAUUCUGGCUUCUGCCCGCCGGCAUCCCAACCGCUGGCAUUUCCUAUUUAACGCUAUGGAUUAUAGUGCCAAAUUUACUCCACAUCGGUUAUGUCUCAGAGGGGCAGAUUUAUUAAGCUUGGUGAAGUGAUAAAGUGGAAGGUGAUAAAGGACCAGCCAAUCAGAUCCUAACUGCCAUGUCACAGGCUGGGUUUGAAAAAUGACAGUUAGAGCUCCUAACUGGACUGGCUGGUCCUUUAUCACCUUCCACUUUAUCACUUCACCGAGUUUAAUAAAUCUGCCCCUGACUCACCACAAGUAGCAAUUCAAUAUUGCUCCGUUGCCGGAACAGCUGCUAAGCGAGCCCUACCACUACUGAUUCCACUGCUGAUGACUAGCGGUGGAAUGUUCUACUGCUGGGUUAAUGCUUGUACGAAGUAGAUAGUAGUGAUAUCUCUUGCAUUACAUUCAUGAUGAAUGGCUCCAUUAGGUUAUUCCCUAAAAAGUAGGUGAAAAAUAAUCUUUUCAGCAACUUUAAGGAAUGAUGAAUGGGCCUCUUAAGCUUAUCAUUUUCUCUGAGCACAAUUGGUCUCUUUUUUCCUGAUGUAGCAAUUUAUUGAACCUAAAUACAACAUACUACUGGCUGCAAUGUAUAGUGCAGUGCAUGAGAAGGUAAAGGGGAUACAAGAGCCCAGACUUCUGUUUUUCCAAACUGAGUUGAGACUUGUCAGCUGUAAUCUUUAGCACAUAGUUAGAGCACGAUAACUUCAUCCCAUCAGGCAGCAGAUAAGUCUAUCGUAUCAUAAAAUAGUGUUAUUAGCGAGUCCGUAUGAAUACAAAAUGUGUGGGGUUCUGCUAUAAAGAUCUGUUCCUUUUCAUGAUAAAUAUUUGCAAUACUUGUUCUUAUUAUUUUUUCAUAUUCAAUAAUACUUUUGUUUAUUACAUUUGAAAGAUUCUAUAUAGCGUAGUCUUUGUCGUGGAGAUAUCUAGUCAUUCAUAUGGAACUGUGUAUAUUUCUUUGCCGUUUUGAUUUAUCUUUCACCCGUAAGACACUGCUUACGUUACCUAGUGGUUAUGCAACAUAAUUGGUCUGCUGGAUAAAAGAGGUUUGGGGGGGGGGGGGGGAUGUA